AUGGGCGGUCCCGACGAUUUAUCAAUCCAGGCUUCGAUCGUCACCGUAUCUCCCGACAAGACAGCCUAUGCUCUCCGCUGCAAGGCAGACAACACAGCCGCCCUCUGCCGCGGUUACGACCCACCCAUCACCAUCACCGAAGGCGAAAGCACCAUCGCUUUCGUACACACCUACUUCCGCAAUCCCGAAGAGACAGCAACCUUAGUCCGCCCCCUCACGGUCUCCUGCUUGAUGGCCGGCGCAUCCCUCUCCGCCGGCAGAGCAGCUACCUCCGCACUUUGCACCGUCGCCUCGGAGAUCUCAGGCUUGGGAAUCAUGGCGAGCACGACCCGGCUGGCGAGUAGUGAGAUUCAGUACAUGCCUGUGACGAUUACCGAGGGCGCGGCGAAGCUGGUCGCUGAGACGGCGACGCCGACGACUGAUGUGGUGGCGCCUAGUACAGCGGCCGCAGACAUGCCGCGCAUCACUGCUUUGGCACGUUUCGGGUUGGGCGGAGCUGUGGGUGUGGCGAUUUUGGCGAACAUGUGA